ACGCCAAGAUGGCAGGCAAGCGAAAGUAACACUAUGGUCAUGAAGGCUUGUCAAAAAAGAUUCAGAUUUUAAUAUUACUGCUAUAAAAUGUUUUUAAUCGUUGCUUAAUCUCGAUCAAAUUUCUAUAUUUAUUGUUUUGGAGUUGAUUAAAAUCAGAGUUUAAUUGAAAAUGGAGUCAGAUUCAGCACUGCACGACGAAGCUCACGAUGGCGCGGAAGACUCUCCCUUGGAGGAAGCACAAGCGACCGACGCAAAUGCCGACUACUCUGAAGACAAUGUUACUAGCCAGGAUUCGGAAGCAGCCACUACCGAAGAAUCGGCUACAAAUGGUGCCGCUCCAACUAGCAGUAGUGAUGCCUUGGAAGAGCCUGAAUCUGCCGUUGGUGAAGCAGAAGAUGACAUCCAAGAUAAUGAUGAAGCGAGUGCUGAGGCGGAGCCAGAGGAAAUGGAUAUUGAUGAUACAGCUACUGGAACUGUAACAGAUGGGCCGGUUUAUAUAGGGGAUAACUGCUUAUCUACACCUGCAGCAACAGAUGAUGGCUCUCCCCAAGAUGAUGAACAUCAAAUGGACUCCCUGAAAGACCAAGGUGCAGAUGAGCUUGAGGGGACCGAGGCUCAAGAGGAAUCUCCGGAUCAGUCAAUAAGCUCAGCCACUCCAAUUGAAGGUGGAGUUGGGGAUGGGGAGGGUGAUGGUGACGGUGCACAAAUGGUGCAAGAUGAUGAGUCCAGCACUAUGGAUGAAGAUAUGGGAGCUUGUGAAGGUGUUGCCAGCAGUGAUGAUGUCAAUGACAUCAGCAGUGCUGCUCAGGAUGCAUUGAGUACAGGAAUAAGCUCAAGCACUGCUGAAGGUGGAUCGGACAUAACAAGCAGUGGUCAGACAGAGGCAGCACUCAUAUCCUCUACAGCUAAUGGACCAGCUGGGCUUCUACACUCUUUCUCCAUUGCAGCCCAACAGGCGCAUGCCAAUGAGUUCGGCGAUGCGGACACGUCGGAGAUAGAAGGAGCUGCGGACACGAUGCCGUCGGUCAGCGAGUCUAUGCCAUUGCUGACGAUGGCCUCGAACGGCGCCGCGCUGCUCUCUCCCGGCUUGAUGCAAGGGGAAGAGGGCGGAGCAGGCGUGUCGUCGUCUCAGGCGGGCGAGAGCGCGGCGACAGCGGGCGCGAGCGAGGGUGAGGGCGCCGUGAGCAGCUCCGUGGCCGGCAACAACGGCACGCCGCCGCUGCGACCCGCCGACGCCGCGCACGCGCUCGCCACGCUGGCCAGCGCCGCGCUGCACCACCACGAACAGAAUGAAGCCGAUGAGCCGAAACAAAUAAACGACGAAGAUGCUUGGUUCACCGUGGGAAUCGUCAAAGGAACCACGUUUACGGUUCAAAACUAUUUGUCGGAUUCAAACGUGGACCUGUCCAACUUGUCGCUGGACAACUUGCCCGACCUGUCCGGUCUGCCGACGACGCCACUCGAGCAUGGCACCGCCUACAAGUUCCGACUCGCGGCCAUCAACUCGUGCGGCAAGGGAGAAUUUAGUGAAGAAAGCGCAUUCAAGACCUGUUUACCGGGUUUCCCCGGGGCGCCGUCUGCUAUAAAGAUCUCCAAGUCCGUGGAGGGCGCUCACCUGUCGUGGGAGCCUCCGCAAGUGGCCGCCGAGGGCAUAUUCGAGUACUCCGUCUAUCUGGCAGUGCGCUCCAAUACUCAACCUAAGGAGGCGUCGAAGUCGCAACUGGCAUUCGUGCGCGUGUACUGCGGCAAGGCGAACACGUGCGUGGUGCCGCAGUCGUCGCUGAGCGCGGCGCACGUGGAUUCCUCCACCAAGCCCGCCAUCAUCUUCCGCAUCGCCGCGCGCAACGAGAAGGGCUACGGGCCCGCCACGCAAGUCAGGUGGCUGCAAGAUAUGAAAUCAACUGGAGUAAAAAGGUCAGGCGAGGGCCGGUUACCCGGCGCGUCGCCCUCCAAACAGCCUAAACAAAUAAUGCACUAAACGGAGUUCCGAGUGACAUAAUCAAAGUACCCCUAGAUUUAAGUAGUUAUAUGUACAGACUGAGUGAAUAUUGUUCGAUCCACGCGCUUUAUCAAUGUAAUUAAUAGGCCUUUUCGAAACAUAAAAUCUCGUUCUUAAAAUCAUAAUAGGUCUUGAGGUUCUGAUUUCUUUUAUAAUUUGGUACACCAUUCCUUGCUAUUAUGCUAGUGUCUUCAAAGGAAGGCAUAAUAAAAUAAGUUAAUGUAUUCGACUUUUUACUUUAGAUUAGUUUAUAUCUGCAGUGCAAAUUACAUGACUACGAAGGUUUAAGUGUAUUCUAUGAAUAUGAUGUAAUAUUGUUUAUCUGUGUGGUGUGGCUAAAAU